AGCCCCGGACGCACGUCAGAGCAAACGUUGAACGACACGAACUUUCCGAACUCACACUAUGACUGUGAAAAGGUUCCUCGCUUUGUGAACGGUUUAUGUGAAGUGUGCAUUGUCAAGCUGUGACUGAAAGUUUCCUGUCGUUUGUCUGAUUAUUGACUUUUCUGUAGCGGACUUGAUAGGACUCUUAUUAAAGGAUGAGAAUGGGAGCUAAACCGACCACGACGCUUUUUGUGCUGUAAUUCGGAAGACCAUAACGACCAAAUAAUAUUCAAGUUCUAAAAAUCAAGUAAAAUGGCGAUAAUUGUCAGUGAGAUAUGUGUACGAACGGGUGCAGUUAUGCUGGUGGUGGCUGGGAGUGCUUCUGCAAGAGUGGCCGGCAAAAUGGGAGGAUACUCAAACAAAAUGGGAGGAAAAUCCACGAGCGGCAUAAACGAGGAAAUAAUUUGGAUCAGCAUUAGUAUGGCUAUUGCCAUCGCGGUGUUAAUAGCCAUUGCCCUCUGCUAUAUCCUGAAGGAGAAAUGUAGCAAGCGGCGGGCGUAUAAGGAGCAAUCAUGACGCUAUAAGGAGGAGUUUGCGAGGCACGCCCUCACUGACUCCUACAAGACGAACGAACACGAAUUCCCAGCGUACACACUCUAUCCACAGUACUCACCCGAUGGAACUGAAUAUUAUUAUAACUUCCACAGAUUCUCAUAUUUAAAGAAUUCAUUCAAAACACCCCCAAAAGACUACCCUUCCCUUGAUCGCGAAGAAAUUUAUAUUAAUGCGUAAGCAUUUCUUUUAUAUAAUAUGAGAAUCUACAAAUUUAUUGUAUAUACGUACUAUCGACAAAAUUGAUUCAUGAUCCACUUUGCUGAUAAUUCCUUUAAAAUCAUAAAAACAGAUUUAUAUUUGCACGAAAAAGAAGAAAGUCUGGCUAUUAAAGGAAAUGUAUGUAAACCCACUUGUUUAUUAACUGUAGGAAAAUUACGAGGAUAUUAAGGCACAAUACAAGUAACAGAACAGAAGCGUAACUCAACUCCUUGCCUCCUUGAAAUUUAUACCUACGUCUGGGAGCGCUAGGGUUGGUACAUACAAAAAAAUUAACGACGCGGACGGCGCCGCGCAGCUAAUUUAACUCGGACAGCGGCGAGUCCCGGCGGCGUACCGCGUGCGACUUAACAGUAGUGAUGUGCCAAGUACGGUUUGAUUCAAAAGAGACUCGAUUCCCGCUUUGGACUCGCCUACUCGAAUACCAAUUUAUUUUGAUUCGAGUACGUUUCUUGUACUCAAGUCAGGCAAAUCGACUUUGUACUUGCUGACUCGAUUCUAUAAUAUCUUAAAUAGCUUCUAAAAGAUCUCUUUUUUGUGUAAUAAAACUUAUAGAAUUUGAUCGCAUUUCUGGUUCCUAGAUACGUCCUUAGAGUCUGCUAUGCUUUUUUUGUAGUGUUUAAAAAUAUUUUCAUUAAAAAUGUUUGAUGUAUUAUCGUUGUGUAUAUGAAACGUACCUACAUGUUGCUGUAAUACCAUUUCGAUUUUUUCCUAGUUGUUCUAAAAUUGAUUACAGCCUGGAAUUUCCAACAUGUUGUUUUAAUACCAUUUCGAUUUUUUCCUAGUUGUUCUAAAAUUGAUUACAGCCUGGAAUUUCCAACAUGUUGUUUUAAUACCAUUUCGAUUUUUUCCUAGUUGCUCUAAAAUUGAUAACAGACUAGAAUUUCCAGAGUAGAGUUCUGGACUCGAGUCAACUCAAAAAUUCGAGUACUGGGCUCGAAUACCGCAUAUAUAUGCGGUAUUACAAUCGACUCGACUCGAGCCGACUCUAUCCACCCAAACAGACUCGGCACAUCACUACUCAAUAGUCUUGUCUUCCCAAGAUUGCUUAGCGUCCGAGUAAAUGUGUGUAUGUGUGCGUGCGUCGGUUCCGGCACUCUACUUAAAGUACUGUUCCAUUACACAAUUGCACAUCACGAUUCAAUUUUGUCGAUAGUACAUAAUCGUAAAUUUAGAAUACUAAUCCUUUAUGUGUGUAUAUAGUAAGAUAGAAAGUGUAUAUGUAGAAAUUAUUGAUCGAGGUAGAAAAAUGAAUUUAAAAAACAAAUGAAAGAAUUUAACUUAAAACUCUUUGCUCGGUGUUCUAAUGUUAAGUUAUGAAAGAGAAGGUUAAAAUAAAUAAUUACUGUGAUAAAUAUUAUAUUUAAUUUGAACCUAUAAUACGAUAUAUAUGAAACCAUUGAUUUAGUAUCCCAUCUAGAUAAUUUUUUCGAGAGCCUUUAUUAAAAGACAUCUCUACUGGGUUGUAGAUAUCAGAUAAUUAAAACCGUUUUUUAGUUUAAAAAAAUUGUAGGAAUCUUAACACACUGCAAAAUUCUCUUGACAAUUCUUAUUUAAUAUUGAAUGUCCACUUAAGUAGUCCCGAAACUGUGCUUAUUUAGAAAAAUUUAAAUAUAAUUGCAGUACCUAACGUGCGCUUUGCCAAUGAAACUAAAUAUGAAUUCCUGGUGUAUUCUGCCAGAAUACAAGCCAAACGACUCCGUAUUUAUAACUCUCAUCAAAUAUAAUUUAUUAGUCAUAAACUUCUAGGAUAUAGACGAUCCGGCAGCCCGAUUAUGUGUUAACAAUUUUGACUUUUUUAUGUGAAAUCAUCAUCAUUUCAGCCGGAAGAUGUCCACUGCUAGACAAAGGCUUCCCCUAAAGAACACCAUAACGAUCGGGCCUGCGCUGCCCUCAUCCAACCUACUCCGGCGAUCUUGACCAGAUCGUCGGUACAUCUUGUGGGGGGCCUACCAACCUUUCGCUACGUGGUGGCCAUUCGAAGACCUUGCUGCCCCAACGGCCGCCUGUCCUUCGAGCUAUGUGCCCUGCCCACUGCCACUUCAGUUUCGCAAUCAUUUGUGUGUGUAUUUCACAUUUAAUAAACAGUUAGUUAAAUAUACAAAGUGCCGAGUAGCUACACUUUUGCCUCCUGAAUCGGGCUAUAAUCUAUCUAUCUAUAUCAGUAAUGUAAAUGGUCUUCGUUUGAGGCUCAAUCAACGCCUAAACCACUGAUCGUAUCGACAUGAAACUACCACCGUUCGAUGCGAAAUGUAUCCUAGAUAGUUUAUGGCUACUUAUUUUUUAUUGUAUUUGUAAUAAGUUGAAUAAAAUUUAAUUUUUUUAAAUUCGGCCAGCGAAGCGGACGGGAACGGCUUAUUAUACAAGCAGAAUGUUCCAAAUCCGAUUCAAUUUUGCGCUCAAGCAAACAAACUUAGAUAAUUUAUGUCUAGAUAGAGUCUUUUGCUGCUAGACAAACGAUGAAACCAGGCCAGGUUUAUCGCUCUAGUGUGCGUGAAAAGUUAUGUUUUACACUCGCGAUUUGUGUGUCACUUUGUGUUAGUGUGCAGGGUGCAUGCAUAGCACAAAAUAGAGGCUAACUGUCAACCUCAAUUCUUUUCGGCUUUUUCACAGCUGUCACAGUCAUCUAGACGUAUCAAAGAUAGAAUCAAACAAACAAAAAAACCACUUCCGCCUUAUAAUAUGAGUCUAGGUUUUCAUUUUAUCUUUAACGAAGAUACAGCAAAGUAGAAAUGGAACUCGAAUCUAAUGUUACUGUAACCAAUUUUGAUUGAGUAAGUCGUAAAUAGUCAACCAUGCUUGGAAUUUGUUAUUAAGUAUUUUGAAUAUUAAACUAGCUAUCCACUAGUAAACGCACACCUUGGCAUUGUCGGGCUGUCAGAUCGUUCAUACGCUAAUAUAUUUUAAGUCAGAGAUGAGUUUUAGGAUGUAGCUUUUAGAGGGCAAAUUACUAUUAUUAUACGGAGACUUUGAGUUAUAGGGGAACAAUUAAUAAUUAUUUGAGAUAUUUAUAUUUACUUACUUAUAACUUUAAUGAAUGUCCUAUUAAAUAAUAAUUCUAUUUGGGUAGAAACAUUAUUUUAUUUGAUGACUGACGCACUAUAAAGAACUAGACUCAUAAUAGCCUGAUAAAAGAACGUAAAAAAUGUCAAAUUUACUUCUACACAUAACUUAAAAAUAUUCAAAUUAACACCUUAUUUCGUGGCAGUAAUGUUCAAAGUCUGUUGUAUACGCUCAUAAGGAGUUCAUUGAUUAUGGUGUGAUAUAUUCAAAAGAGACGUCCGUCUCAUUCACACAUUUCGUAGGCGAUUAAUUUUGUUUUAGCAAUUGUAGUAUAAUUAUUAAGCAAAAUUAUUAAAAACGUCAUGUUAGCUACACAAUUUUAUACAAACACUUCAUGUUUUUUUAAGUUUGGAUAUUAUGUUGUUAUUUAGACAUUUUUUCACUCAACUUUGUCAUUGCGUGGCAUUGUAAUCAAAGCGCGGUCGUAACACAACGAAAGCUCUGCUAAAUUGACGCGUAAGCAGAGUUUUGCUUCAGACAGUUUUUGAGCGUGUUUGUGAGCUUAUUUCUAUAUUGUACAUCAGUGACUUUGAUAUACUAAGAGCUACGAUAACCUUGUACAUUAAAGUAUGCUCCUGUACGAGAAUCUUGAAACAAUUUGUUAUCUAACUUCGAAAGUUGAAUAAAGUCGUUUUAAAACUUCUAGCUCGACCAAUUUUUCAAUGCUUUUGUACAGUUGAGAGCAAAUUGUGAUAAAAUUAUGUUGUUUAUAUGGAAUGUUUUGUUUAUUAUUGUAACUUUCAAUGUUCUGUUGAAAACUCGUUGCAGCCUUGCUAGUAAAAUCUUCUAAAAAAAUGUUCUAAGUACUUACACCCCCUCAUCUAAAUCCUUUUUUUUGUUUGUUUCGCAGUCUGUUUUUCAAAAAUAGCACUUUAUUAUUAAUAAAAAAGUAAUACGCGCGACACCGAUGGUUUAUGUCACUGCGAGCAGCGAGUCUUUGACAUUUUGACGUAUUUCGUUUCGGUUUAGAUGGUCAUUGGUAUGUCAUGUACACAAAUUUAAAUCUUAUAUAAAUCUAAUUAAUUUAUGAGUUACGUUAAUAUAAGUGAAGGAUUGCUGUAAACGACGAUGACUUAUUAUAUUAUUCAUUAUUAAUAAUAAAUGAUAUAAAUUAA